AUGGAUUAUACAAGAGUGGCAAAUAGAAGUUGUUUAUUAAUUAUAGUUUAUAUUAUUUUUACAUUUGAUAGUCAGUUUGUAGAAACUUUAAAACUUGAAAUAAAAUGUUUAGCUUCUAGAAAUGAAAAAUGGAAUAAGAAUAAGAAUAUAUGUGUCACGUGCAAAGAUUGUAAUCCUGGAUCAUUUAGGAAUUUGAGCGAACCGUACAAUGGACGAACAGGGGACAAUGGAGACGAGCAAUGUAUACCGUGUAGUCCGUGUCCUGAUGGAACUUUCUCGGAGAACGGACGAGGGGAGUGCUCACAUUGUCGCACAAAUUGUACGGAGAUGAACAGAGAGUAUGAUUCAACUUGUUCGAAAACACAGGAUGCCAAAUGCCGGAACUGUUUGACAAAUUAUGAAGAUACUUACGGGCAUUUUCUUUUCCCAUGUAGCCCGAAAAAAGAACAUAAGGAACUUAUUCCGCCGAAGGGAGAGACGCCUAUCCGUCCGGAUAAUGGAGAGAAAGAAACUGCUGGAGAUAAUCCUAUAGAUUCAACAGGUAUAUCUCUCCUUUUGUAAUGCCGGGCCGUCUUU